AUGUCGGUAAAAAACAAAAUGCACAUGAACCAACUGAACAAAACUCUAUUUAGGGAAAAUUAUAAAAUUAAAAGAAACUCGAGAGAGGAUAUAGAAUUGAUGGAAACCAUCGAAAACUUUAGCGACGAUAUCAUGUUGAAUAACGACUCCUUUGACAGCAACACAUGCACAAAGUCGUCCACGAAAAAGGCUAAUGACAAGGGGAAUGAGAAAAAUAAAACUGACGCUAAUUUGAAGAACUUGAAGAAAAAAAAUGGGACUGGUAACAAUGGUCACGGCGGGGGCGGCAGUGGUGGCACCGACGGCAGCAACGGUAAUAGUAACAGCAAUCACAACAGCGGAGCCACAAAUAGCAACAGCAACAGCAACAGCAAGAGUGGCAACAAAAAGGAACAGAAGUUUUUUGCAAACAUUCCGCAGAUUUACGAAACGCAUGACACGAGUGUGAAGGAGGAACUGCACUCAGAUCCCAACAACGAGGAAGACGGCGUGAUGUACAUCCUUUCCAAUGUCAUGGCUGUACUGUACAUAAUCGUGGCGAUAGUGACCAUCCUGCACCUGCACCUGGACGAGGACCACGCGAUCAUCAAGGCCAUCAGCGCACUGAAGCUCCGAUUUGUCGCCCUGAUAAAGGACGUGCCGGCUUUCAAAAAUUUAAUGAUCACCGUGGCGCUGAUAAACGUCAAAAUUAACACCCUGCUGGAGGAGGGGAUGGCCAAGUGGAACAUCUUCAAGCCGUACAUAGAAGCACUCAAACCGCUGAACACAGAAUUCACAGUUCUGUUUACCAUUUUAAUCCUCAUGUUCUUCACGGCAAUCUCCAUCCUGAGCAUAAUCCAUGGAAUUAUAAAUAUGAAAAAUGACAAAAUUCUGAUGGAAAAGGAGAGCAGUGUAUUUGUAACGAACAAAAUGACGAUGGAAGAAUAUGAAGAUAAAUCGUUUACGUAUAGCGAGCUAGCCAAACUGCAUGGCGAUAAGGAUUAUAUUUGUUUAAAAAAUAAAAGGGCAGGGGAGGGUAUUGAGUCGUGGAACUGGCAAGUGAGAAAAAUGAAGAACGAAAAUAAUGACAAGGAUAUAUGCAGUGAUAUUGAACUUUCUGAUGGGGGGGAAAAUUAACUCGCUCGCUGUGCCGGUGGGGUGGUGGUGACGCACCUCAGUCUUUUCUGCGUUUGUACCUAUGUGUAAUGACCCCGCAUGGGAUGACCCCACAUGGGAUGACCCCACGUGAGUUAUGUAUCUGCCCGUCUGCUUAGCAAUGCAUGCCCUCAUUUGUGGACGGCUCCACCUCUUUGCGGCCCCUCCCCCCAAUUUGUUAAAUAUUUGAAACUCUGAUUUAAUGUUUAGUCGCUGUUUACAACUUUUUAAAUGGCGUUUUAUUUCCCCCUUCUUGAAUUCGCCAAGUGUGCAUUUUGCGUCAGUCCGAAAGCGUUCCGCAUGUGCAACUGUGCAUGCGUGGACUCGUCAGCAGAGAGGAAAGGUGUGUUGACACUCAAAAGUGCA